UAUAUGUUUUUCACGUAACAAUCCUUUUACCGAUUUACUGAGAAUAUAACGUGGUGACGAUCUGUUCAAGAUGUUUCGCUUCGUUCGUUUGGCCUCGACACAGUCGCGUAUUAGCUUUUCCACGUCAGUCAGCGACUUUGAGCGGACCUGGAUGACACCUGUCGGUACCAAACCUACCAAUCGAGUGACCAGGAAUGACAAGGACACGGCCGGGAAAAAGAAAAUAGCUGUGAUAGGAGCAGGCGUGUCCGGGCUCUGCGCCCUCAAACAUCUCAGUCAAAAGUCGGACAAGUUUAUACCAACAGCUUUUGAAAAACAUCAUGAAGUUGGUGGAAUCUGGUCCUACACGGACAAAACUGCUGAUGAGUACGGCACUCAAACACACUCAGGGAUAUACUACAAUAUGAUGACCAACGGCCCAAAGCAGCUGAUGACGAUACCAGGAUAUCCUCACGACCAGAGCGGGAAUUCCUAUCUACAUCACCCACAGAUACUCAAGUACGUCAAAGGAUUCACUGAUCACUUCGACCUUGGCCAGUAUGUAAAGUUAAACACCAUUACGAAGAGUAUCCGUCCUGUGCCCACAGAUGGCGACCAUGUCCAAUGGGAUGUUACUUACUGUAACAGACACAACGUCAACGAAAUAGACACACAGCGCUUCGAUGGUGUCAUCGUUAGCACUGGUCACUACUCAAAAAGCCACAUUCCGGAAGUGAAGGGGAUGGACAAAUUCACCGGAAGUGUCAUUCACAGUCGAGAUUAUAGGAGACCAGAUGUGUAUGAAGGGAAGCGAGUUUUGAUCAUUGGGGCCUCCUUCUCCGGACUAGAUAUAGCGUUUGAUCUAUCAAAAAAGGCAAAAAAGAUUUAUAUGGGACACAGGGACGCUGGACUACAAACUAAAAUACCAGCAAAUGUAGCGGAGCGUCCGGAUGUGAGCCAUCUAUUGGAGGGCAACAGGGUCGUGUUCAAAGACGGAUCUGAAGAAGACAUUGACGACAUCAUUCUCUGUACCGGAUACAGUUAUAGUUUCCCGUUUCUAGCUGAUGACGUCAUACAGCUAAAGGAUGAGAGGAUAACUCCCCUGUAUAAACAUCUGGUACAUAUCAAAUACAACAAUCUGCUAUUUGUUGGACUUGCGCGAUGCGUGUCUUAUUUCGCCCAGUCACACGAACAGGCGCGGGCGGCGUCGAUCAUUCUGGAGGGUAACGUCAAGUUUCCGUCGCAGCAAGAAAUGCUGGAAGACGCUGAUCGUGACUUUGAGCAAAAGAGAAAGGAGUUUGAUAUGACCCACUUGCAUGCGCAUUACAUGGGCAAAGGGGAUCUACAGUGGAGGAUGAACAAAGACCACGCAGAGCUGUGUGGAUUCGAGACGGUACCACAGGUAGUGAAGGAUAUGCUGGAACACGUACAAAAUACCAGAACCUUAGACUUCGGUAAUUUUCGUAAAAGAAACUAUUUCUACAAAGAUCCACACACAUUUGAAGUAAGCAAGUAAAGUGGUUAAUACAACCAACUUAUUAUCAGAACGUUGAGAUGGUUCAAACGGACAAUGACUUACAGAAAAGCAAAUGCAAACUAUAUUAUGGUAUUACCGGUUGACAUUGAUUUCGACUACCUGCAAGAGAGAACCGGUCAUAGAAAUAUACGGCUCCAAACGGAAGUGGGUUUCGACGGAAAUGACUUGAAUAUUUGUAAAAAAUAUCAUUUUAACGUUUUUGAUACAAAAGCCAAUUUGUUUGAUCUUUCUAUGAAAUUUAAAUAUGACAGUGCUUUUAACAGAUUGCACUUCCGCAUCUUGACAGAAAACCGAACUAUCAUACUGCCAUUUGUGACAAAUGCACCUAGAUCUAGACGAUAUUACAGACUGAUUUUUUGGUGCUUGUAAUUUUUUUUAAUGAUAAUACCCAUACUCAGCUAAUGUUUUGUGUUAGCUAUAAACUGUACGACACUAAUAAAGUCUCUUAAAUAUUGAAUCUUGA